UGUUGGAGGUCGGUAGACACCAUGUACAUCAGAAAUGUUUUAAACAUAAUUGCGUUUAUAUCUUGUUUUACUCUUGUGAAAUCGGGACUUGACCACCAAUACUCUGUUAAGCUCCCUUGGGAUCUUUCCAUAGAUUAUCUUCAAAUACAGCACAUGGAACUCAAGUAUGGGUUAACGAAUGCUGCGCUAUUUACUCAAAUCAGGAACGGUACAGCCCCGUAUCCUGUUUAUGACAAUUGCAUUGCAUAUCUUGAAGAAUUCGGUAUACAUGCAUCGAAAUUUAUCAAAUGUAUCAUUGAAAAGGCAAGACCGUUUCGGUUCUGUGAAGAAUGUGUGGUGUACUACAAACACACCAUGGAAUCGUACUCGGAUAUUGUAAAGGAUGGCAAAGACAGAGAUGGCUGCAAAAGUUUGUUAUUAAAUGCAGAUCGUGUUCAAGUCCUGAACGAAAUUUACAACAACAUACGACAGAUCUGGGACGAAGCCAACUGCAAAGGAUGUUUCAGCAGUGUAUCAAUAGAUGGCAAUGGAACAGUUAUAUACCAGUACAGCAAAGACACCACAGAAUUCAUGGGAAAAUACAAAACUGUGUCUCGGUGUCUUCGGCAUUAUCAGUCAAACGGGAAUAGCAAUGAUAGCGUAUGUGAAGUUUGUCGUGGAAACUAUACAGACCUUAACACUUUCUACAAAAAGGUGCGAUCUGCCAAAAAUGACUUGGUGUGUAUGGACCUGGUUGAUAUGAUGAACUACACACGUCUGAUGUGGGGACAACAGCUCCACUGUUCCAGACACUCCCCUGAUGAUGCUAUAGUGGUCAUCAUAGCUUUCCUGCUGCUCACAUUGCCUGUACUUUUCUAUGUUGGAGCCCGAUACUUUGUAACCAGGACCAAAAGAAAAUUGAUGCUGCAAAAAAGGAUGUCCCAUGUUGUUGCUCGAACACUGUUUGUAACUGGAAACAAAGAAGAAGAAGAGGAAGAAGAAACACAGCUUCUGUCUUCCUCCUGACAGAUGGUAGACUGACCAUUAGGACACUAUCUCCUGACAGAUGGUAGACUGACCAUUUGGACACUAUCUACUGACAGAUGGUAGACAGACCAUUAGGACACUAUCUCCUGACAGAUGGUAGACUGACCAUUUGGACACUAUCUACUGACAGAUGGUAGACAGACCAUUAGGACACUGUCUCCUGACAGAUGGUAGACUGACCAUUAGGACACUGUCUCCUGACAGAUGGUAGACUGACCAUUAGGACACUGUCUCCUGACAGAUGGUAGACUGACCGUUAGGACACUGUCUCCUCCUAACAGAUGGAAGACUGACCAUUAGGACACUGUCUCCUGACAGAUGGUAGACUGACCAUUAGGACACUAUCUCCUCCUGACAGAUAGAAGACUGACCAUUAGGACACUGUCUCCUCCUGACAGAUGGUAGACUGACCAUUAGGACACUGUCUCCUCCUGACAGAUAGAAGACUGACCAUUAUGAUAUUAUCAAUGAGAACUGUAACAGUGGGGAAGGGGUGCCAGAAUCUGCUGAAUUUGGAAGAGGGAGUUUUUUUAUAUACUGUACUGUCCGUCUUAUUGUGUUUUUCUACAGCUUACUGGGAAUCUGUUCAAACUGUGAUAGACUGAGGCAAUAGGACAAAGAGCAACAAUAAACCAAAUGACCUUAAAUAGCAUGUAGUCUGGAAGUUUAACAGAAAAUUGUCAAUGUGAAAAGCAGAAUUCUGUUCAACAUCUCCAGUGUUAUUUCAUGUUGAUAUAAUUAGGACAAAUUGUAGGUGUUCAAAGGAACACAUAGUCCUUAUUUAAAAGAAUGUUGAAACAAUGUCUGGUUAAAAUUGAAUACUCAGGUAUAUCUCAGAAAUAUAGAAUAAUGAUCAUGGUAUUUUAAUCAGAUGUUGUUUCCAGUGCUGUCAAACCACCAAGGGGCUUUCUUGUCCAGAUAAAAUUCAUAUUUUAUGUAUUUAUCUUUGUCUUGUAGGAGAUUUUCUCCCUGUACAGUACAAUUAUUGUAUACAUGGUACACUUAUUGCAGUACAGCAAAAAUUGUCAAUGCAUUUGUAUGAUAUUAAACAGUGAUGUGAGUUUGUGUUAUAUACAUGUAAAAAUAAACAGUGAUUAAUG